AUGGUUGAUUUUUUCACGUGUUCUUUUAGAAUAGGUACUGAACAUAAGAAGUUUGGUUUUGAGUUUGGAAACUUGUGUCCUAUGAAAUAUGAGCAAAUAGCAGAAUUGCUGAAUGGCAUUGCCGAGAGAUUUGACUGGGAUAAAAUAAUGGAAGAUGAUAAAAUUAUUGGACUGAAACGUGUUUGUGAAGUGUCUUUGAGAAUGGGAAACAAACACAGAGGAAAUGUGACUGAA